AUGUCAAAAAGUUAGUGGAAGAGAAUUAGAUAGUCCAACAACAUAAAAAAUGGCUGUGUUUCAGUCUAACAUGGAAUUAAUAGAAAUUUACAAGAAAAAGGAUUUAUUUGCAAACUGCCAUAUAUAGUUUAAUGAUUGGUUUUGGACCACUUUGGAUGGAAUAAACGCAACAUGUAGUGUGAAUGUGGAACUAUAUAAAUUGUGCAUAACUUUAUUAAUUCAAAUCAUUUUCAUCAUCCUCUCAACCUUUCACAUCAGUCAUAAAUAACUUCACCAUGGCGAGUUCAAGUGUUCGACAGUUGUUUCUAUUAUUAGCUUUGGACGUGUAUCACAGCUUUACCGCUGCACAGGAAUCUACUUCGCUCAGUUAUAGUUUUCGUGAAGAACAAAUGGAGGGCACGUUUGUUGGAAAUGUUGCACGAGACAGUUUACUUUAUGGAAAUGUUACACAGGAGGAAUUUAGUCGUAUGAGAUUUCAAAUUUUAACGCAGGGAAACCAGCAUGCACUUCUUUUUAAAAUUAAUGAAACAAGCAGUUCACUUUAUAGUAAACAAGUUUUAGAUCGUGAAAUUUUAUGUCCGUAUCAGAAAGUUUGCUUCCUGAAUUUCAAUGUUGCUGUGUAUAAAAGGGAUUCAAACAAUGGAUUAUUAGACCUCUACAAAAUUAUACAGAUAAAUGUCUCGAUAGAGGAUACGAACGACAACUCUCCAGUCUUUCCAAAUUCAGAAAUAGCAUUGACAGUCGAAGAAGCAGUUUCUGUGGGAUAUAUAUUAUAUACUAGUGCAGCAGACGACAAGGACACAGGGUUCAAUAAUUCCGUCCAAACUUACGAACUUGUUCCAGGAAAUGAAAUGUUCGGAUUAGAUGUAACCAAAAAUUUGGAUGGAUCAUCUGAUUUAGGACUUAUUGUGAAUUUUAAGUUAGAUCGUGAAACAAGGGAUUUUUAUCAGUUGAAAAUUUAUGCUCGUGAUGGCGGAUUUCCACAGCGAACUGGAACACUGACAGUAAAUAUGAGCAUAACUGAUUUUAACGACAACCGUCCACUUUUUUCACAACCAACAUAUCAAACUAGUGUACCUGAAAGUGCAGCUUUAAAAACACCUAUCCUUGCACUUAGAGCUUCCGAUGCUGACAUUGGUCAAAAUGGUGAAUUUUCUUAUCGUUUUAAUUCAAGAGUAUUGUCGAAAGUGACAGAGGUAUUUGCAGUCAAUAAGACCUCAGGACAAAUCUAUGUUAUAGCAGGAUUAGAUUACGAGGAGGAAAAACAGUAUCAAUUCUUAGUUGAGGUGGUGGAUCAUGGGAGAAUUCCCCUGUCAUCGUCUGCCAUGGUAACAGUGGAUGUUGUCGAUAUAAAUGACAAUGCACCUCAAAUAAACACAAACUUUCCACCAGGUGGCACUCUGAUAUCAGAAUCUGCAGAAGUGGGGCGAUAUAUUGCCACAGUGUCUGUAUCAGAUAAAGAUUUAGGUUCUAACGGAAAAGUGCUAUGUCAGAUUUUAGGGGACCAUUUCAAACUGGAAGAAUUAUACACUAAUAUGUAUAAAAUAGUAAUCAGCAGUAAACUGGAUUACGAAGCCAGGAAAUCUCACAAUAUAACAUUAACUUGUCAAGAUCAGGGAAUUCCCCAACAGCAAAAUACGACAUCCUUCACUAUCUAUGUGAAAGAUGAGAAUGAUAAUUCACCUGUAUUUAAAACUAACAUGUACAGAGCAACAAUUUUAGAAAAUUUGGAGACUUUUCAAGAAAUUGUUCAGAUAUCGGCAACUGAUAAGGACAGUGGGGAAAACGGUAAAGUUUCGUACUUUUUACACACAGAUGCUGGUGAUAAUUUUAUCAUUGACAAUGAAACAGGAGUAGUUAAAACAAAUGCUGUGUUUGAUCGUGAAGCAUUUGUAGACUCUGAAGUGAGAUUUCAUGUGAAUGCCACCGAUGAUGGAACACCACAACAAAUGUCAUCCAUAUUAGUUGUGUUGACAUUAGAAGACAUCAAUGACCACCCGCCAACUUUCAAAAAAUCAAUAUUCAUAUUUAAUGCCUUGGAAGGACAAGAAAAUGAACCAACUGUUGGAACUGUUACUGCUGAAGAUCUCGACGCGGGUUCCAAUGGACAGUUUACUUUUUCGUUCCGUUUUCCAGCACCAAAUGUGUUCUACCUUGACCCAAAUACAGGUGUCAUCAAAUGCAGUAAACUCGACAGAGAAGUGCAGUCACAGUACAACUUUACCAUCCAAGUAACUGAUAAAGGGAAUCCACCUUUAUCUUCAACUGCGAAGGUUACUGUGAAUGUGUUUGAUGACAAUGAUAACCCACCGGUUAUACACAUGCCAAAUAUCAACAACGAUACGUUUUACGUUCCUUACACUGCUGCAGCUGGAACAGUCAUCAUGACUGUAAAUGCUACAGAUAGUGACCUUGGAAACAAUGCCCGUCUGCUCUAUGGCAUCGACAGUAUUUCACCAAAUAAUCCAAACAUUUUCAGACUGGAUAUGCAUUCUGGGAAUUUAUCUGUUGCAAAAAGUAUGCAUUUGUACGAUUCUGAUACUUAUCGAGUCUUGAUUUCUGUGAAAGACAGUGGAUACAGUCAACAUGUAACUUACUUCCGUUUCAAUGUCGUUGUGACCUUGACGAAUGAAACAAGUCUUACUGUUAAACAGAAAGAAGAACAAGGAACAAAUGUUGUCAUAGUAGCAGUCAUCAUCGUCGUGACGAUUGUGCUAUCAGCAGCCAUUAUAAUAACAAUCUGUGUCAUUCGGCGUUUGGAUCUGGGUCAUCGUCAGCAGAAAAAGAAUAACCAAGAGACAAUGUAUGAGAAACGAAUGUUUAAUUCAAACCAUAAUGAGACAAUCUCAACAGAAUCUUCACAAUUUUCCGAUGCACCAUUGAAGAAGAAAAACAAAAAAGAAGUCAGCUUUUCUCUAAGUGAAGAAUCUGAUUCUGUCAAUACGUCAACAUUUACGAACAUUACGUCAUUCUCAACAUCCAAGCAUCCUGGUAUUACAUUUUUAGAUGGAAAAAUGAUAGAUAAUCCACAAGCCAGUAGUUCUUUGAUCACCAGUAAUACACAAAAUCCAGAAAACAGCAAACAUUCAUAUGGUGACAAGCAAUACGGGAUUGAUUGCCUUGGGUACCAGGCUGAUUCCCGUCCACAGAGUCCUGGUUACUGGUACCAACAGCUUAAAGAACAAGAGGCCAGAGAAAUGCAACUAUUACCUCAUAAAAAUGAUGAUGCACACAGUGAAGCUUCUGCAGAAUCGGCAACAAGUGAUAGCGGAAGAGGGGGCAGUGAAGAAGAUAUAAAUAGUAACAGAGGUCACCCCUUCAGUGACACAGAUGAGCCAUACAAAUCGGGCAACCAUUCUUCUAAGAACUCCAGUCUUUUACAUUCCAGUUUUGAUACGCCAAUCAAAACAAAAUCAUCAGACAGUUAUCCUCGUAAUAUUAGCUUCAGUGACGAUAGUGUGAAUGCUAAUACAACAGUUGACGAAUUAAAAUCAAAAUAUGCCAGACAAAAAGAGGCGCUAGUGGCUUCAUAUAUGAAUACACAUUUGCCAAACUUUUCACAAAGUGGAAUUAGUGCUAUUCAGACUCCUUCACGGAAUAAUUUAUCCCAUGGAAGAACUUUAGAAACUCUUGAUGAGGCAUCUCACAGUGCAUACGGACUUAGAUACUCCAUACAAGAUAUUGAUGCAAUGAGUGACAGUAUAGCCACGCGAGAUGAUGACGGAGCCAGUACGACAACGUCAGGAAGUUACACAAUAAAUCCAGACGAGCUAGUUAACGAAAUAGACAAUUUGUUUUUCAAUUCUGACGUUAUUGUAUAAUUAUUGUUGUAUGGUUGUUAUUUAAGUCCUUGGUGCCAAAAUAUUACAAUUCAAACUGCCUCAUUUUCAGAAAUGUUUCUAUGGAAACUUGUGUAACCAUAGCAACAUUUCUAUUUAUCAAAAUAAAAUGUGUUUCAUGCACAUUGACGGUGCUCUUUGUUGUCUCAAUGUUAUGACUGUGAUUUUUCAUUUGCAUGGAAAACAAAAAAUACUGAGCUGUAGAAAUCUUUAUUCAGGUCAACAACUCUAUCAUAUCAGGAGAAAAAAAUGUUAAAUUAUUCUUUAAAUCAUUUCUGAAUUGACAAAGGCUCUAAACAAUGAGACUUCUGUAUCUUUUAUCAUUUAUCACGUAAUAAUGGGAAUGAACAGGUUAUCAAAAUCUUAAUAAUUGUAUUGUCUCCCCUUGGUACAUGUAUCUUUGUCAAUGUAAAAAUUCUAGAAAUAGAUUUCAAGGACUAUGCAGUCUACAAAAAAUGUUCAAAAUCUAAAUUUUGUUUAUUGACUGUUCACUUCUCCUAAAGGAGUAGACUUAUACUGGUAGAAUUGUUGACCAAAAAAGAAUUCCCAUUAUGAUUUAAAAUAGUGCUACAUAGAUAUUUUUGUGUGAAAGAAGGUCUGGAAUCUUUAAUUUCUGGUAUCUCCUUUUGUUGGGUCAACAGGCCCAUGGCCAGUUAAAAAACGGACCAGGAACUUUUGAUAGAAAUUUUGUACCAGAAAUACUUAAUUCUUCAUAACUACAAACAAAUGGAUUUCAGAUUUUUGGGUCACUAAUAUAAAAUGCAAUGUUUUAACUUAAGGGUACAACUUCCAGGAAUAUUUUUAAAAUUUUAUCAUGGUCCAAAAAUAUUUCUGUAUUUAUGAAUCUUGUUUUACUCGGACAAAAACACAAUGUGUAGGGCUUUUUUUCUUCAAAAAUCUCUGACGGGUAUAAUGAUAUCCUGUUUAGAUACCAAGGUAUAAAAUAACGAAAUGCUCUGUAUUUCUAUAUUUAUUCAGCGUAAUGUAUCAAAUCCCUGUUGUUUUAACUUUUACAGAACGAUUUGUUUAGUUACAGGCCGUUGGAUUAUUAUUUUUAUCAUACUUGAUCUUGAAAAUUUCCAAUAGAACAGAUAAUGUUUAAAUAAGCUCAGUGGAAUUCUCAAUUGAUUAUCGCUGUUUGGUUAGAUUAAACUGAAAACUCCAAAGCAUUUCAAUGUAACUAUGACAAAAUGUUUUAAAGUUAAAGGGAGAUAAGCCAGAUAUUAUUUGGUAAUGAAAAUACUCUAGUCAUUACUCAUAUCAUAAACAUUUUCAUCGCAUUUUCAUCAAAUAUUUGUCAUUUUAAUUUAUAAAAUAUGAAUUAUCAUAAUAAUGCUAUUGUAGUACUAAAAGAAAUAGUUGUGCAAUUGUUUUUGACAGUUUUUUUCCAAAAUGAAUCAAAAGUCUAAACCAGAGUGCUUUAAGAACAUAAAAUUUCUUCAAAACGAUUUUAUAAAUUUUAUGUUUUUAAAUAUUUUAAUUUAUACUCGUCUAAUUGUUUGUUUCGAUUUAGAUUUUACAAAUGAAAUGGACUUUAAAGUUUUUUGGGGAUUUAAAAGAUAAAUUGAUAUCUAAAAUCUGCAUCGGAGUUAUGUCCCUUAUUUUUGUGCUUUCAGCAGAAGAUCUCUGCAAUGGGCAUACAUUUUAAAUCAAACUCAUAGAGUAUGAAUGUUGAAAAUGGUUGUUGUUUUAAUGAUAAUGUACGAUUUUUAUUUAUGUUGAAUAAUUGUACAAACAAUUUGUUGGUAUUUUGUACAUAAUUAUUGUAUUUUUUACAGAAAAACGAAAUAAAUCUUUAUACAAUGAAA